AUGGAAGCAACACUUCUCUACGCAGAGCGUCUCGCAGAUAUUGGCGGAAUAGACCUCUAUGAUCGCGGCAAGAUUCGAGAAGCUUACAGCCUCUCGAAGAAGGCGCUGGAGGUUUUGGACAAACAAGGGGCCCUUCCUGCUACACCUUUGAGGAGCGAUGCGUUAACCAUCAUAGGCCUCUGCACUGACGUCAUGAACAUCGACAAACGGAAGGAAGGCCUCGACGUCCGCCGAAAAUGUUUGAAAAUACGCGAAACCUGCUUGGGGCAAAUACCCCCUGCGACAGUCACGUUGGAAGAUAAAAUUCGGCUUUGCAACAGUUAUACGGACCUUGUAUGUAGCCUGCAGCACUUGUACGAUUUUGAAGAGGUCGAACGAAAUUGCGAAACAUGCUUGUCGCAAUACACGCGCUGGGGAAGCGAGGACGAGCUUCCCUAUGAAUAUGCGAAGUACUACAACCAUAUGGCGUACGUUCAUCUCUUCAGAAACGAAGGGGACAAGGCAGUCGAGUUUGCGAAGAAGGGUUAUGAACUCGCCAACAUCCUAUUCCAACACGGCGACGUCGAAAACGCGAUUAAGGAACACAAGGAGAUGCUAAGGACCCGCAAGACGGAGUGCGGGAAAGAAAACAUCAGGACGCUCGAAACCCGGCCCAAUUUGGGUAUCAUCAGCUUUUUCGCCGGGGAUUUGGAUUAUGCCGAGAAGCAAAUCAACAAGACUCUAGCCAUGAAAAAUAGGCCUUUUUGGCCGACGCACAACACCACGCGAGCGAAGUACUACCUUUCGCAGAUCUUAAGGAAACGCAACCCCGAUAGCAGGCGUGGAAUCGAGCUGGAGAACGAGGCGAAAGCAUCGUUGAAGGACUUGCUAGCUUUUGAGGGUACAGGGAAGGCGGAUGCAUAUGCAGGGGAUUUAGCAAUCCUUUUCGACUACAUCGUGCCCUGGGAAUGUCGGCUAGUCACUCCUCGCAUGGUUGCUAGAGGGUACUGAUCGCGGGUUCGUCGAGACAUUCAUAGAGCACCCUCUCUACUCUCAUUGCUGUAUGGAUUCUAUUCGCCUUGGAAACGUAUUUGUACAU